AUGAAAAGAAAGCUCGAUGACAUAAGGCGAAUGCGCGUGAAUAUGAGUGAGCGCGUACUACUCUGUACCAAGGAGGUAGGUUAUUGUGGAGAAGAAGAGGAAGAUGAGGAGGGAGAUUUGGGAUCAUUUGGGAUUAGCUUCCAUCCCGGGGUUUGCAAUACAACAACCAAUCCCGGUGGCCCUACAAUUGAACUAAGCUACUACUCACUCAUCAUCAAAUUCCGACUGGCGGAUUCUGAAGCUAGAAAGUCACAUUGGAAGAAAAGUAAGCCUAGGCGACAGGCGUACGGAGGAAUCUACAGACCAAAUUCUCACCUAGGAAGGCAACAAUCCGCAUCUAUGACUCUGAUGCAAUGCUGUCGACGAAUUGAAAUUACAAGUAGGCUAUGGUUUGUGGCUUAUGUUUGUAAAGAGGGAACAUUUCACAAUACCCCGGCGGCUUGA